AUUCAUUCCACGCUACACAUUGUUGACGUGCUGUUGAUCCUUUUGACAACAUUGCAUUCGUCCUUUGUUCAUGAUAUGGAUUUUUUCCAUUUUUAAAAUUGAAAAAAGCCAUUCACUAGCAUAUCGUGAAAUAAAUGUAAUCCUGUAUUAACUGUACUGUUUCCAACAUUUCUUCGACCAAGUGCUUAUGCCAUAAAAAUACGACACACUUUCUUAGUCAGCUGUGAGCAAGUUCGAACUAAAAAUCCUAACCUCUAUCUUCCAGUCAGUCAAGGACGCGUGUUUGAAAUUCGGAAAGUACAGCAAAAAGCUAGGCAAAAACGGAUUUCUUGUAUAAUCCAUUUGUACCACCAUGAUCUUAUACUGCUGGGGUGCUAACAGCUAUGGCCAAUUGGGUUUAGGUUAUAAGUCUGAUGGGGAGCUAGAACCAAAGGAAGUUUCCUUAACGAACUGUGAUCUGAAGGUUGAAAACAUUGUAUCGAUAGCCGGCGGGGCAGGCCAUACCCUAAUCUUAGACAAUCAAGGGUGCAUCUAUUGCUGUGGCUGGAACUCCAAGGGCCAGCUAGGGCUGUCUGAUGAUACUCUAAAACUGACACAAAUUGAAAUUCUCAAAGAAUACAAAAUCGUCCAGAUCUCCUGUGGUUGGGACUUCAGUGCUGCUAUCUCAGAAUGUGGGAAACAGUUUGUCUGGGGUAACAAUGGCAAUACACAACUUGGAUUAUCAAAGAGCAUCACGUGUACAGGCAUUCCAUCAAGACUGCAAGUAUCGCAAAAGCUAGCCACUGGCUUCAAGUAUGUAAGUUGUGGGUUGCGCCAUUCAGCAAUGAUAACUAAAGAUGGAGGAUUGCUGGUAGCAGGUGCUGGAGCCAAAGGUCAGCUGGGUAUAGGAGACAACUUUGAUGAUAGCAAUUACUUAAGCAUAUCCAGAGUACCAGAAAUGGAAGAUGUGAUUAGUGCUGCAAGUGGGCAGCACCAUACUGUUGCUCUUAAAAGCAAUGGAACUGUACUUAGUUGGGGUGAGAACAAGUAUGGGCAGUUAGGUGUAAAUUCAAAUGUAUCAAGCAGUUUUGUACCUUUAGAAGUGUUUAGUCAUGAGGGACUAAUAUCUGUCCAUGCUGGCUGGACCCACACAGCAGCUCUUGCUAAUACUGGUGUUGUCUUCACUUGGGGUAGGAGUUCUUAUGGUCAGUUGGGCGCAGAAAGAGAAGUGCCAUACAAACCUGAAAGAAUUCCUACUUUGAAUGGAGUUAACCAAUUGAGUCUUGGAUCUGAACAUAAUCUUGCUGUUACAAAAGACAACAAAUUAUAUGCUUGGGGCUGGAAUGAACAUGGUAGCUGUGGUACUGGUGAUAAUAAAGAUGUAAAAAUCCCAAAACAGAUUCUAGUUGAUAAAAAUGUUAAGUUAGCAUUUGCAUGUACUGGUAGUUCCUUUGCAGUUGUUGAGUAAAAAUUGUAAUUCUGAUUCUCUUUAUUGGUCUAUUCAUGUUCAUAAGUAUUUUUAUAACAAAUUAAUUAUGUAUCCUCUAUUUUUAUAAUAAAAUGUGUUGCUUGUGUUUGUAUUGAUUUUUGAUGUUGCUAUAAACAUCAUCUCUUUGUUUGUAUUGACUUGGAUCAAUGACAUUUGUCAGUUUAUUGUGAAAAAUGUUGAAUGCUUUUCGCACAAGAAACAACUGUGAAAUAGAGGCAAAGUUUAUCCAAAAUCGAAUACAUACAGUAGAGAAGAACAUUUCAGAGCUUUGUAAUGUUUUUGCACAGUAUUCUAGGAAAGCAGCCAGGGUACGGGACAAAGGUGAUGAAAUCGCAAAAACUGCGCUAACUUACGCCGAGACUGAAACCGUUAACCAGUCUCUUUCCAACGCCCUAGAAAGUUUCGCUGAAUCGCUGAGUGCUUUAGGUGACUAUGGCGAUGCCAGGGCUCAAACAAUUGACGCAAAAGUAGUAUCGGAGCUUUCUAAGUAUGAGCAAAUCUGCAAAAACGUUAAGGAAGAGGUCAAGGAAAUAUAUGCAAUCAGAGACAGGGAAUUGACUCGUAGGAGACAAUUGGAUAGAAUCAGGGAGAGGAACCCUAGACAGAGACAACAGAUUAUUCAAGCAGAAACUGAUUUGGUCAAAGCCACAGCUGAAGUUUCCAAAUCCAUACAUAAUCUCGAAGAAAAAACUACAAGAUUCGAGAAGCAAAAACUGCAUGAUAUAAAGAAAAUACUUCUAGACUUUAUAUCUGUUGAGAUUGGCUAUCAUGCUAAGGCUUUGGAGAUUUUUACCAAAGCUUAUAAUGAUGUUAACAGUAUCAACGAAGAGCGCGACCUAGAGGAUUUCCAUCACAUUAGAGGACAACUACAGUCGGAGCUGAGGAAGUCUCUCCAUGCUUCAGACAAAAUGCAGCAUAAUAAAUCCAUAAGCAAACGCCAAAUAUUUAGAUCAUCAGGCUCUUUAGGAUCCUUGGGCACCAUUUUCAAAACUAACAGCAGCAGAAGACCUGGUACUCCGGAUUCAAAGAAGUUUUCGAAAAGUGAAGAAACUUUGGAUUCAUUGAAGCAUAGCUUUUCCGAAUCUGCCGUUUCCGAUGAAGACAGCGAAGAGGAGAACACAUCCAGUGAUGAACAUAAAGAGUCUCCCAUCAUGGUUCGGAAGAGCAUGAAGCCAGUGGGUUGAAGUCUCAUUUGUAAUUAUUGUUUGAAAUAAAUCUUUUGUAGUACACAGUUUUAUCUUAAAAAAACGUGAUAAUUUUUAGUUGUUUUAUGAUCACUGGAGACCAAACCUUUUCAUUUCAAAUAGACAAAUGGAAAUCUACAAUCAAAUAAAC